ACUAUAGUGUUAUAUCAUGCACUUUGCUUAUAGCCAACAAGCUAUAAGUGUUAUGCAAGAAAUUGGAGGUUUGAGAUUAUAGAGAAACCACACAAAAGAAAAGAAAACUAAAAAAAAAAAAAUGAUUGGGUGGGAAGACGUGUACAAAGUUAUUGUAGCAGUGGUGCCACUCUAUUUUGCACUAAUAUUAGGCUAUGGUUCUGUAAGGUGGUGGAAAAUUUUCACAAGAGAACAAUGUGAUGCAAUAAACAAACUAGUUUGUUACUUCACAUUGCCACUCUUCGCCUUCGAGUUCACCGCGCACAUCGAUCCUUUUAAGAUGAACUUCUUAUUUAUAGGCGCGGACACUCUAUCGAAGCUAAUCAUUGUCGCGGUGAUUGCCCUUUGGGCUAAGUGUAGUAGCAAAGUAAGUUAUUCUUGGUCUAUAACAAGUUUCUCUUUGUGUACUCUAACAAAUUCUCUUGUUGUUGGAAUACCAAUGGUGAAACCUAUGUAUGGACCUAUGGGUGUGGAUCUUGUGGUUCAAGCUUCAGUUGUUCAAGCUAUUAUAUGGCUCACUUUGCUUCUAUUUGUGUUGGAGUUUAGAAGAACGGGAAUAGAGGGGACUAUAACCACUUUGAAACCGAAGGCUAGUAGCAUUAGUAAUGUGACAUGUGAAGGUGAAGAAAGUAAAGAUGUUGAAGCAAAUAACAUAGUAGAAUAUACAAGUAGUAGGCUUCCUUUCUUACAAUUGAUGAAGCGUGUGUGGCUCAAACUUAUAGCAAAUCCAAAUUCCUAUGGUUGUGUCAUUGGCAUUUCUUGGGCUUUCAUAUCUAAUAGGUGGAAUUUGGAAUUGCCAAGUAUGGUAGAAGGGUCUAUAUUGAUCAUGUCAAAGGCUGGAACGGGCACUGCCAUGUUUAGUAUGGGUAUUUUCAUGGCACUUCAAGAGAAAGUGAUUUCUUGUGGACCAAGUUUGACUGUAUUUGGUUUGGUUUUAAAGUUCAUCGCUGGACCUGCAGCAAUGGCUAUUAGUGCCUUCAUUGUAGGAUUGCGUGGUGACGUUUUACGAAUUGCCAUCAUUCAGGCAGCAGUUCCACAAUCCAUCACAUCAUUCAUUUUUGCUAAAGAAUAUGAACUGCAUGCCGAGGUUCUUAGCACUGCGGUAAUCUUUGGAAUGAUUGUUUCGCUACCGAUCUUAGUAGCCUACUACGCAAUAUUGGAGUUCGUUCAUUGAUUCAUAGAGAUACCAUUUUUGAAACUUAAGGGGGACAAUCGAAAGUUUCUUUUUCAAAUUGAUCAACUAAAAAAUCCAGUAAUCCAAAUGCAUCGUGGAUAUAUGCAAGUGCUUGAAUUUAUUAUGAUUGUGAUUUAUGUUAGGUAGUUGGUGAAUUAUCCCACUAAAUGUAACAAAACCUUGAAACCAUCGUUAUUUAAACAAUUUAUAUUUUUUAAUGAAAUUUUAUGAGAUAA